UCCUUCUGAGAGGAUCGGAACAGAGCGAAAGAUGUUAGUGAACCAACCGAAGGUGCAGGGGUGCUCGGGUGAAGACAUGGAUUCCUUGUUGACUCCGCAUCUCGUGGGAUGCAUGACAAUGGAAAAGAGCUUGUGACCGUCUGAUAGUAACCUUUCACGCCGAUGGUCGGGAGGGAAAGAGACAUCUUGUGGUUAUAUUCUUGUGGUUAUAUUCUUGUAUAUAUUUCCUAGUAUAGAUGCUGCUGCUUCGGUACAGCAACCAUUGGAUACUCCAGUCAUGACCAAGAGAGAGCUUCCCGUUCAGCAGCUUCUCAUCCUGUCGAUAUGUCGAUUUGCCGAACCCAUCUCCCUCACGAGCAUCUUCCCUUACCUCCCCGAAUACAUCGAAUCGUUUGGCAUCCCCAAAGAUGAAGUCGGUCGCUGGACAGGAAUUACUUCGGCUAUCUAUUCCCUCUCACAAUGCGUUACGGCAAUACCAUGGGGAAGGAUAUCCGACCGAAUUGGCCGGAAACCCGUCAUUCUUAUGGGCCUUGUCAAUACGAUGAUCACCUCGUUGCUCUGGGGUUUCUCGGGGUCCCUUCCCAUGGCUCUUGUUGCGCGCGCAUUGGCGGGAGCAGGUAAUGGUAAUGUUGGAAUAUUAAGGACCGUAGUAGCAGAGUUGGUUCCAUACAAGGAACUCCAACCACGUGCGUUCAGUAUCAUGCCUCUCGUCUACAACAUCGGCACGGUCUUCGGCCCCAUGAUAGGAGGCGCGUUGGCAAACCCACUGCACCGCCAAUACGGCGACCCCCCCAGCGACGCCUUCCUCGCCCGGUACCCCUACUCCAUCCCGAACAUCGUCUCCGCCACCCUCUUCCUCAUUGGAAUCGCGACCGGCGUCCUCUUCCUCCACGAAACCCUCGCCAGUCGCCGCAACUCCUACGAUUGGGGUCUCGCGCUCGGCGAGCGGGUCACCCAGUUCUUUAAAGAUCUGUGGCAUCGGUCGCGGGGCGGGGAGACGGAGCCGCUGUUGAAACACGGGACGGGGUUCUCGAGUCGGCAGAGUACGAAUUUGGAGAAUAGAUAUAAUGCGCAGAAUGGGGAGCAUGUGCAGGAGCCAAAUCCGCCGUGGAAGGAGGUGUUAACGACGCAGUCAAUCAUAAAUUUGAUCGCAUAUACGUUGCUUGCGAUGCACUCGAUCGCGUACGAUCAGUUGCUUUCGGUGUUCAUGCAUCAUCCCGUGCAGGAUGUGAACGAUCCCGAGUUUCAACCUCCGUUUAAAUUUGCGGGAGGAUUUGGUAUCAACUCCGACCGCAUCGGCCCCUACUUCACCCUCUACGGCAUCGCCUGCAUGCUCUACCAAUUCCUCAUCUUUCCCCCCGUCGCCCGCCGCUACGGUGUCCUCCGCUGCUUCCGCAUCUGCUCCCUCAUCUUCCCCAUCGUCUACUUCAUCUCCCCUUUCGCCACACUCAUGCCCACCCCUCUCGGGAAGCAGAUCGUCCUCUUCAUCUUCUGGCUCUUCAAAGGCCUCGCCAAUACCUUCGCCUUCCCCUGCUCCACCAUCCUCCUCACCAACUCCGCCACUAGCGUCCUCAUCCUCGGCACCCUCAACGGCAUCGCCACCACCGUCUCCGCCGUCGGCCGCUCCCUCGGCCCCUCCUCCGCCGGCUCUCUGUUCACCUGGGGCGUCGAGAACGGCUACAUCAUCACCCCCUUCUGGUACCUCUCCGCCGUCACCGUCGUCUCUGCCAUCCCGACCUUCUUCCUCAUCGAGGGCGCCGGGUUCGGCGACGACGCUAGCACUACCGAGGACGACGAAGUUGGAUUCGACGCCGACGCCGAUGAAGAGGAGGAAGACCUAGAGCGCUGGCCAGGCUCCUCGUACGACUCCUCAGGAUCCGACGACGAGGAAGCCACCGAGGCGCUUGGGCCGCUGCUGAGCCGCGAGUCGACAAUGUCUGCCGGGGGGUUUUGGCGACAGACGGGGUCGCCGGUGCCGUCGUCGGUGGUGGCGAGCAGCGUGGUAUCAGAGGAGGAGAUUGAUGAGAUGGAGAGCGGGGUGGUGAGUCGACGGGGGUCGUCGUUGCCAGGGAGGAGAGGGGGGCGGACGUUGAGGCGGCGGUCGAGCGUGCCGAUUGGGAUGGGGGUAGGGUUUAGGCGGAUGAGUUCGAAUUUGGGGCAGACGAGGAGUGGAUAUGGGACGGGGUCGAGUUUGGGGGGGUGAUGAUGAUGGGAGGUGGAGGGAGGCUGGAAGAGUAUUGGGUUUACAUUGGGUAGGGCGCAUAUAUCAUUUGUUGCACCUCAGGGAUAGGGUCCUAGUUUUGGACCCCUUGUUUAUCGAUCUCAGGGGCAUGUUCAAUAUGUAGCUCGUGAGGCAUUUUGAGGAGUUUGUAUAUCUUUGGUCUAUAGCAUAUGUAGUCUUGGGCAUGUUUAUCCAUAAUUCCUCAAGAUAUACUAAUCCCCAAUACAAGGAAUUCGACCACUCUUCGAUCGAG